AAAAACUAGCCGUUAGACUCUGUGCAAGUUAUUGCCUUGUACUGACAUCUUUGUCUCCAAUUUUCUCUCUCCCAAUACCAAAGAUUCUUUCUUUUAUCUCUUCAUCUCCCCAUGGUUCACCCUACAAAACCUAACCCACUAGUGAUCUUAGCUCCUGUUUCAUUGUUUUGUUUCUUCUUCUUUUUCUUUUUUCUUCUUGUUUAACCAUUUCUUGAUGAUGUUUGGCAAUUCUUGCAAACACCCUUUUCAAAGUCUUGCAUGUUGGUGUUGUAUUUCUAAUAAAAAGAAAGAGAAAUGGAAGUUUGAGCUACCCUUUUUUCUCUGUACUCAUAUUUUCUUGUUUCUUCAGCUUCUCAUUUUUGUAAUUCAACCUGUUUCAAGCCAAGUUUGGGAUGGUGUUGUUGUAACUCAAGCUGAUUUUCAAGCAUUGCAAGCUUUCAAAGCAGAGUUAGUCGACACAAAAGGGUUCUUAAAGAGCUGGAAUGAUAGUGGUUAUGGCGCUUGUUCUGGUGGCUGGGUUGGAAUCAAAUGUGCUCAAGGUCAGGUUAUUGUAAUUCAGCUUCCAUGGAAAGGAUUAGGAGGCAAAAUUACUGAUAAAAUUGGUCAGCUUCAAGGUCUUAGAAAGCUUAGCCUUCAUGACAAUAUCAUUGGCGGUUCAAUCCCUAAAACUUUAGGGAUUCUUCCUAAUCUUAGAGGCGUUCAAUUAUUCAAUAAUCGAUUUUCAGGUUCUAUCCCUUCUUCUUUAGGUUCUUGUCUUUUGCUUCAAACUUUAGACCUUGGUAAUAACUCUCUUACUGGAAUUAUUCCUGAUAGCCUUGCAAAUGCUACCAAGCUUUUUAGACUUAAUGUAAGUUAUAAUUCAUUGUCAGGUCCACUUCCUGUUAGGCUCUCUCCUUCUCUCAUUUACUUAGAUAUUUCUAAUAAUGCCAUUAAUGGAAGCUUGCCUACUGGUCUUUCCAAUUUAUCUGCACUUGUUCUGUUGAAUCUUGAGAACAACGAUCUUGACAAUCAAAUCCCAGAAGUUCUUGGCGGAUUGCAUAACCUCUCUUCUCUUAAUUUGAAUAGAAACAAACUUAGUGGUCAUAUUCCUGGAACAUUAGGAAAUGUGUCUACACUUACCCAACUUGAUUUAUCGCAAAAUGAGCUCAGUGGAGAAAUUCCUGAUUCUUUAGCCAAUCUACACAGUCUUGUAUCUUUCAAUGUUUCUUACAAUAACCUUUCUGGUCCUGUUCCUGUUCCACUUUCCCAAAAGUUCAAUUCAAGCUCUUUCGCUGGUAAUAUUCAAUUAUGUGGGUUUAGUGGCGCAGCUCCAUGUCCAUCUCAAGAGCCUUCAGGUCCAGCUCCACCACCAGAGAUGCCAAGAAAGCAUCAUCGAAAACUGAGUACUAAAGACAUAAUUCUUAUUGCAGCUGGAGCACUUCUUAUUGUGCUAAUUAUACUUUGCUUGAUUCUGCUUUGUUGCUUGAUAAGGAAAAAAGCUGGAUCAAAAUCCAAGAAUGGCGAAGCUGCAUCAAGGGCUGCUGCGGCAGCAGCAAGAGUCGUAAAAGGCGCUCCGCCUGUUGCUGGGGAAGUUGAAUCUGGUGGAGAAGUUGGAGGGAAACUAGUCCAUUUUGAUGGGCCUUUAGCCUUUACAGCUGAUGAUCUUUUGUGUGCAACUGCUGAAAUUAUGGGAAAGAGUACUUAUGGAACAGUGUAUAAGGCCACAUUAGAAGAUGGGAAUCAAGUUGCAGUGAAAAGAUUAAGAGAAAAGAUCACCAAAGGCCAAAGAGAAUUUGAAAAUGAGGUUAAUGCGCUUGGUAAAAUCAGGCACCCAAAUCUUUUAGCUUUGAGAGCUUACUAUUUAGGACCUAAAGGAGAGAAACUUCUUGUUUUUGACUACAUGUCUAAAGGAAGUCUUGCAACUUUCCUCCAUGCUAGAGGACCUGAUACACCGGUUGAUUGGCCAACGAGAAUGAAGAUAGCACAAGGCAUGGCUCGGGGAUUGUUCUAUCUUCAUAAUCAUGAGAAUAUCAUACAUGGAAACCUUACAUCAAGCAACGUCUUACUUGAUGAGAAUGCAAAUGCUAGAAUUGCAGAUUAUGGGUUAUCCAGGCUAAUGACAGCUGCUGCCAAUACUAAUGUAAUUGCAACUGCAGGUGCAUUAGGCUAUCGAGCACCAGAGCUUUCCAAGCUUAAGAAAGCAAACACGAAAACAGAUGUUUACAGCCUUGGUGUGAUCAUAUUGGAAAUUCUUACAGGAAAAUCUCCUGGUGAAGCAAUGAAUGGAGUUGAUUUGCCUCAAUGGGUUGCUUCUAUUGUGAAAGAAGAAUGGACUAAUGAGGUUUUCGACUUGGAACUGAUGAAGGAUGCAUCUACAAUUGGUGAUGAAUUGCUUAACACAUUGAAACUAGCUUUGCAUUGUGUCGAUCCUUCACCUUCAGCACGACCAGAAGUUCAACAAGUCCUUCAGCAAUUAGAAGAGAUUAGAUCAGAAACUGCUGCCAGUUCCGGGCCUUCUGGAGAUGAUGGUGCAGGAGUUCCCUCAACAAGUGAUUAAGGAAGCAAUUUAAUUAGUAUUUUGUGGUGGCAGAGAGAUUAGGCAAUAGAUUAUUAGAGUAAGAUUCUUUCAUUCUUAAGUGUUGGUUUUUUUUCGAGUGUCAAAUGUCAUGAUGUCUGUAAAUACACCUUUGUUUCAAUCUAUUCAAGAUUAUUUUUGUUCUCAA